AUGAGGUGAAAAUUAGAUCGAACGAUCGAGUCAUCACAAUCAAUAAAAUCUCUUAUCAUUUCUUUUUCAUAUCUUCUCGAUCUCUCUUUGAAGUUUGAUCUUUCCCUUCCAUUUUCCUCUCACUUUCUCGGAAACCAUAUAUGAUCACUGGAUCGUCUAUAAAUAAGGCACUCUUAGGACUUAACUGGCACUCCAUCAAGGUACUGAAGCAGAGCAACGCUUGGAAGCUUUGGUCUGAAUUUGUUCUCACUCAAUUGUGAAAUCUUCACUUUUUGAUAUAUUAAAGAUACUUAAUUAUGGCACCAGUCGCAGCCAGGAGAGCCCAUAAUCCAAUUGAGCAAACAGCUUCAACAUCUGUGAUGCAGAGGGAGAAGAAAAUAAAGAUGGAUAAGAAGAUCAAUAAGACCAUGAAAAGGUUAAAAGUGGAUAUCGCAAAAAUAAGCAAGGAUCAAAGAAGCAUAAGAGAGGAGCAAAGGAAAAUCAGAGAAAAGUUGGAAGAAAUUGGAAGCCAAUGUGCACAACUUAGGGAGGAGACUGAGUUGAUUUUCAAACAGAAGGCAGGGAAUCAAGUUCUCCUCAUCCUUGUUUUCCAAAUUAUCAAGGCAAGACAAGGUAGAGACUUUGGAAAGGCCGCCUCCCUCGCCUGCACCCUACGGUUUGUGUUCUCAAACCAUUUGUUUUAUGCUCGAGUUAUAUCUAGCUAAAACUAGCAUUUUUGUUUUUUUUUUUGUUGUCCGUUUGGACUGAACUUCUGUUUUACCUAUGUAUAUAUGAAUCAUGAUUUAGUUUUCUUCUUUUAUUUUUCCUUUUAUUAUUCCUUUUGCAGUGAUUUAAUAGCGAACCAAAAGGGAAAAUGCAUGCUUAUGGCAGGCCCUAAAUGCGAGUGAAAGAUGAACGGCAAUCACCAGCUUGAGAUUGUGGGUUCAGAGUCCGCUGUAUACUCUAAAUAAAUAAAGAUUUCUUUGCUAUUCCAAAAAAAAAAAGGGAUGGAAAAGAAAUAGAGCGCUUUGUCAAUUAAUUAUUUUCCCGUUUUCAAUAUGUGAGUUGAAAUGAAUGUAAAAAUAAUAA